CCCGGGCUAUACAGAUGUGACGCUACAGCGUGGCUCUAGACGAUGGACAGUUACUCAUUUGUCCGACCUGGAAAAUUAAAAUUAAAAGGUGAGAAGAAGAAAAAGCAUCACAAAAGACAUCACGAAUCGAAACCAAAGGUUGAGAAAACAGAACGUAUUUUGGAAGCAGAUGCUCAUGGUGGCUGGUGGUCUGUGAAAGAAUUCGAUGAAGUGAAGGAUUCAAUAGCAAUACAAGUUUAUGUUGCAACUGAUAAACCGUUGACGGCUGAUGGAUUCGAAGCAGCUACACACUCUGGACAGGAUGCUAAUAACAAGGAGUUUACAGGUGCUUGUUACUUAUCAGCUACCGAUGAAGGUUUGGUUGUUAUCGGACCACCAAGGAAGUACGGAGAACCACCAGCUCCAGAAGAGAUUUUCACCGCUAUGCAAGUUUCGGAUACUAAAGUUGCAUUUAAAUCUGGGUUAGUUAGUGUACGGUAGAUAUCUUGGUGUUUCUACCAAAUCCGAUGCUAUUUUGGCAGCCAUAGCAGAUGCUGUUGGAGUUUUUGAACAAUUCGAACCAAUUUUUCAAGAUGGUCGUAGUGCUAUGUUAGGAGCAAACAAUUGUUUCCUUUCAGCUGAUCCGAUUACGGAUGAUAUUAUAUUCAAAAGUCAACAAGCCAAAACCAAUGAAAUGGUUAUUGUAUGUAAUUGUUGUCAGUUUUUUCAGUUUAAUUCGAUUGCAAACUAUCUGUUCAGUGUUCAAGAUUAAUGUAUAGUUUUCAAUUAUUUGUGUUGAGUUACAUAAGACUAACAUUUGCUAGAUAGAACAAAUUGUAAAGGAGAAGUGGUAUUCCCAAUAAUUGUUAUCAUAUAACAUAAGGAUAUAUACAUUUUUAGUGAUGAAUUUUGUAAAUACUUUGGUAUAAAGUUGGCCUCUAAAUUAAUGCUGCACAAUUCCUCUCAACAUACUAAAAUACAAACAUCAUCCAAAAAGUUUUCACUUUCCUACACAGCCAAUACCAAUAGUAAGAACUUUCAUGGAUUUCUAGUUUGUUUUAGCUUGACUGUUGUAAGCAUUAUUUUGUUGUACUUCGUCUAGAUGGUGGCUGCUAUUGAAACCCAAAAUAUCAUUUAUCCAAUGGUAGUACGACAUUCGAGGGGUCUUUCGAAAGUGCAUACAUCUUUUGCUUGUCUUAAUAGCGGUGUACAAUAUUUCCUCUAAUAUGUAGUUAUAGUUCAUUUCAACUGUAAGCAAUCUUCAACUCAUAGAAACUGAUGUUAUGCAAAUAUUUUGAGUUGUUACUUAAUUGGUGAUGAUUUUGUGUCUGAUUGAUGUUUUCUAUACUUUAUUCAAACGGCUUACCUCUGUUUAUCACUUUUUUCUCAUAGUUUCGUUCUAAUAAACCUCUUAUCCAUGAUCCUUUAUUGGAUAUACCAGAAGAAGAACGCGAAGGCUUGAAAAAAGCUGAAGUUAAUUAUGUGUAAGUUGUUACUUAAUUUAUUUUUUCUAUAUUCUGUACGACUCCUAUUUGUAUUUCAUUGGAUAACUCAGUGUUUUAAAUACUUGGAUUCCGACUGGUGGGUUGCAGGGUCGAACUACUCUGUCGCUAGUUCAUUUUGGAAAGUAUGGGUAGUAUUGUCACCCAUCACACAAACUGACUGAAGGCCAAUUACAUAAACCUGUACUUUGUGAGUUACAAAUUAACGAUAUCUACCGUACAUUGAACCACAAAUGUAUGCUUAUGUGAUCCACAAUAUACUGUACAUUUCCAACUUUAUUCCUAUAGAAAUUUAUAAAUCAAGGCUAUCAACAACUUAAUAUAUCUUUAUUGAUUGGAGAUCAAAGAUGAUGUUAUUUACCAUAGGUCGAAUGUAUUCAACAUUUGGCCUCCCUUAAAUCCUGAUUUCCAUUAUCACCCUAUACUCUUCAUUCCUUUAUUUAUUGUCUUUCAACUAAAUUUUCCAGGUUUCAUUUCUCUCAUUGAUACUAUUAUUAUUUCAGUUAUUUUAAUUUUCAUCAUUUUGAUUUUCCAUCUGGUUGUGCUAUUGUGAUUUGAACAAGAACUAAGUCUAACAGAGUCACUUUUUAAUUCAUUGGAGAGUGAGUGACUUGUAAAAUCAGCAUUGUUCGAUUCUUUGUGAAAUUUAAUCAUGCUUAUUUUUGUGUUCAAUAUUUUGGACCUAAGCAUAUUAUCUUUCUGGUUAAUGGUAUUGUCUUUGGUCUCAGUCUAUGCAGGGGUUUGCAUCAAUAGUUCUGUUUUCUUAGCAGUUAUUACUUGGCCACAUUGUAUCACUUCAUCUAUUAGUACUAAAUUGCAUUCAUUUUAAUAAUCCAAAACUCGUUCACCAUUCAUCAUGAGUUCUAAUUUAUAACAAUGUGAAGUAUGGUGGCCAUUAUUUAUUUAUUUAUUUGAACACAUAAAUAUUGGUACAAGAGGGCACCAAAUAUACAUGCGCCACACAAAACAAUGAGAAUGGGAAGAGAAAAAAGAAGGUAAGGGGAGUACAAGAAAAAAAGAACAAUAACGACCACAGAUUAGUGUAAUGUAGUGUAAUAAUAAUAAUGGGGGAAACGGAAAGGUACAACCAGAAGAAAUCUUUCAGUUAAGGAAGAUACAACCACUUUUUAUGAAGAAAGUAAAAGAAGGUUACAGCAGGAUCGCCAGCGGCUUCUAUUCUGAGCCAUAUCUGAUAACGUCUCUAGCCACUGUGUUGCAUCAUCUCAUGGUAGCCAUAAUAAAUGUUCAUUUUAUGCCUCAUUCUACAUGGUUUAUUUAUAAGCGACACUCAUUGUCAGUAUUCUUUUUGUCAAUUUUCAUUAGAGUGUGAUGAUGAGAAGUAUCGUAAUGGAAAUUUUUGUGUGUUUGUUCUACUUUCCUAAGGUUGUCGCAAUUUUAAAGUAAAAUGAUCUGGGUAGUUUCUUAUUAAAUAAAACAACUGUUUUAAUUCACUUUAUUUCUAGACGUAAAUUCCAAAGUUGGCAAGAUCAAAAGCUUCGUUUAAGCAAAGAAGAUUUCAGUAAUGUAAAGCGCGCUCGUCAUUCUGGCAAUCUGUAUGAAUGUCUACUAGAUCGGUGUGUGUUAAUUUGUUCUUGAAAACAAAUUAUAAAAAUUGUUUCUUCGUAACGCUUACUGGUUAGACCUAUUGAAUCUCAGUUGUUCAAACUAAACUAUAUUCUGUAGUUUUCAGUUGGUCAGUUAAUCAGAAACAACAUGGUACAAUGCAGUGCAAAUAUACAUCGAUUGAAGUUGUCGCGCUUUAUAUUAGCGUAGUAAAAAUAGGCUAACGGAACGAAAAAGCAUUGAAAUAACUGUAUCGCUGAUAGUGAACAUUGAGCGCACAGGACACACUUUAAACUUAAUAAAUAGAAUCAAUAAAUGCUAAGGAUGGGGUGAUUGAUAUAAAACAAAGAUCUUUGAAAAAGAUAGAACAUGAAAAAUACAUCAGCACUAUAAAUAGUAUCGGUCUAUGUCACCUACCAUUUAGAAGAUUUUAAACUCAUUCACUAGAUACUUGGAUAUGAGCCUUACUCUACUUCCUGUAGUAUGUAUAUGUAUGUAUCUGUUAUGUCUAAGACGUUAAUCAAUACCACUAGAUAGGCUUGCCAGUCAAACUUCCAUCUAUAAUUUUCUACUCGUCUAUGUUAUUCCCCUUAUAGUCUAGUAUCAUAGGCCUUAACCGAUGGUAUAGCCCGACCAAUACGAUUAACGUCGAGUUGAUGCUAACAUAUGCUUCGCUCCUAUUGGUCCGUCAAUUCCUAUAUAAGAAGAUAGCAGCCAAAGGUCCUGUUAUUAUUAUUAUUCCAAGGAGUCAUAGGUUUCCAUACUGGACUAUAUCAGAUCAUAAAAUGAAAAACGGUACUCAUAUAUAGAGUGGAAAUGAGUCAGACAAGCUGCAAAUACCCAAUUAGUAAUAAUUUUGAAAUAAUGACGUGUACUAAUAUACAAAAAUAAAUUAAACCUCACCCCACUGCACAAGCUAGUGACUAUCAAGACUCAGUAACUAAGUGGAUAACGCGAUGGCGUUUGAAGCGAACGGUACUGGGUUUGAGUCCCGGAGUGGACACUGUUGUGUCUUGUGGACUGGAGAUUAAUGUGCGCAGCGGUACAAGGAGGCACCAAAUGCAUAUGCGCCACACGAUUCUCAUUCGAUAGGUGUGAGGGCUGUGAUACUGCCCGGGUGCCCAAACCGAAGCAGGCAAGCAUACUCUGUUUAUAUACCAAUCAACCCGACCACAACGUACCAAUAAAAUAGAAAAUAACGUCUGUACAAUAAUUAGCCAGAAGUGGCUGUGAAUGAGGGAGGUAGCGAUUAACAGAUAGGGAAUAAUUCAUGAAUGGUAAAUCGUACAGUAAUAGUUCAUAGGUCAACAUAAAGCUCAUAAUAAGAGGGGCAUGAAUAUGAACAGUUUAGUUACAUAACAAUUAUACGAUAAAAAUAUACUCAUAAUAUUGGUCCAUAAAUGGAUCCCAAAAAUUACCAUUCAUUAUUCUCAUCGAGACACAACACCUCCCCUUUUUGAAGAUCAGGAUUUUAAAUUUUCUGGGUUCAUCCUCCCCCACGAAACAGUGUUAGAUCCUCAUAUGCCCAACUUACAAUUAAUUCGAAUUUAUUUAAGACAUAUUUGUCGUACUGAACAGAGGAUCUAUUGAAAGUGACUGAGUGGUGAGGCUGAACGACAAUUGAUAUAAGGUGAUCGAAGUUUGACUCUUCUGAAAUAUUGUGACCAAAUUUAUGAGGAACACCACUAGUAGAUAGUGGAUCACUAUGAUAAUCAGCGUCCAACAAAACUGCACCAGGUUCUUGAUUAUUAUUUGAUGCGUAAGACAUAUUUUCUGGCAAAACAAGGGAACUAUUAUUGUACGAUUUACCAUUCAUGAAUUAUUCCCUAUCUGUUAAUCGCUACCUCCCUCAUUCACAGCCACUUCUGGCUAAUUAUUGUACAGACGUUAUUUUCUAUUUUAUUGGUACGUUGUGGUCGGGUUGAUUGGUAUAUAAACAGAGUAUGCUUGCCUGCUUCGGUUUGGGCACCCGGGCAGUAUCACAGCCCUCACACCUAUCGAAUGAGAAUCGUGUGGCGCAUAUGCAUUUGGUGCCUCCUUGUGCCAAUAUCUAUGUGUUAAAAUAAAUAAAUAAGAGUAUGCUUGAAAUAUAAUGAUUCAUAUCUGAGAGGCUGAGACUUGCAUUCUGGACUCAACUGGCUGGGCUAGACAGGGAAGCGGGACCAAUCAGGACUCUAGGCUGUUCUUGCUUGUUUUACGCGUCUUCUGUCCACAAGUCACAACAGACAACAACUGUGGGAUGCAGGUACAUCCAGUUGAUGAGUCCUGAGUAGGAUAAAACAUGCGUCCUGGAUCCCACUGCUAGCCACUAUGCAUCUUUACUUAUAAUGUGUACUAAUAGUGGGUCAAACGAUAGCUUACAAUAAAUGGAACAUAGGAAUAUAAUAGUCCAGUUGUUUGUUAAUUAUACAAUAUGAUUCCAUUUAAUAAUAGUCCAUAAAGUCUCAAGGGUUAUUAUUUCUUCAUUCUGUUAUAUCACUAUUUACUUGUAAAAGAUAUAUGAAGACCAGUCAGUAUAUUGCUGUUUUAUAGACUAAGUUGAUUCUCAUUUAGUAUUUUAGUCAGCUGAUUGUAAUUUUAAGAAAUUGUUAGAUUAACGAACAAAUGUGUAAGGGGAUUAAUUUUAUAAACCGGUUAUCCUAAUGUAUUCUGUGCUCAGUGUUUAUCUUUUUAGUUAUUGUGUAAUUGGGUCAGAGUAAAGCUGGGUCGUACAAACAAUGCGUUUUUCAUUAUCCGGUCAUUUCAGCGUAAAUUAUAAUCACAUGAUAAUAGUCUGAUCCUUAAAAAAUGUUUACUGAAUGUUAUCAACUGCAAAUUCUUACAUACUUACUUACUUACUUACGCCUGUUACUCCUCGUGAAGGAGCAUAGGCCGCUCACCAGCAUUCUCCAUCCAACCCUGUCCUGGGCAAUCCUUUCUAGCUCCGUCCAGUUGUAAUUCAUCGUUUUCAUAUCUGCUUCUAUUAUCCGACGCAAUGUGUUUUUUGGCCUUCCUCUUUUCCGCUUCCCUUCAGGAUUCCAAGUUAGGGCUUGCCUCGUGAUGCAGUUUGACGAUUUUUAAAUUCUUACAUAGCGAAUCUAUUUUGAUAUUUAAAAUACAGCGCUCCAAUAGUCACAGAUUGAUAUCUACGUUUGAACAGUAAUGUACUCUUAAUUGUGGUAUUCUGAGUGAUAGAUAUUUCACUGAUAUGUUAAUAGUCUUUUUUAUCAACCUCGGAAAAGUGUAAUAUGUUCCCUAAUUGUUUGUUGUAAGCUCUUCAGUAUUUAUAACACAAUAUACGCACAACUAUUGUCAGAUAAUAACAGGUUGGAAUUACAAGGUUUAUUCUAAAUUCCAAUGACGCAAGUAAACCGAAAAAUGAGGUUUUCGCAAAUUAAUGGUUUUUAAAUGUCAUCAUUCAUUUUCAGUUCACACAAGACCUGCUCUCCUAACGCUAUUAAAUUUCUCACUUGGUAUCCUCUAUACUAGAAGGAAAUAUAUAUCACAUUUAUAUCACCAAAAUAUUGUUUUCAAUAUAGCUAUAAUAGUGUUUUUUAUCUAAACACAUAAACAUUGGUACAAAGAGGCACCAGUGUGGACUGUGAUACUUCUCGGGUGCCCAAACCGAAGCAGGUGAUUUUCUUAGGAGGUCACACCCGGAACCUUCGACCUAAAGGUCUGACCCACAAAGCAGUGGAGCAACGUCAGGGGAUGUGGUCCCAUGGUAGCCGGUGACCAACAAUAGGUUCAUACGUCAUUUGUUCCUUCAGGAUACUGGAGUCUAUGUGCACAGUUGAUUUGGAAUUAGGGUUUUUCAACUCCUCUAGGUAGACUCUUCGAGUUCCACCGACCCGGUUGAAACAUCGUACAUUCGCUUUUCGUCCUCUCAAUCUCGUAAACAACACCACUGCUGCGAGAAGGCAGUUAGUCGGAUUUCCCUGGUACUGGUUGUAUGCACGUGGCGAUGUGACAGCAUAUAGAGAAGGAGAGCUAACUCUCCCUACUCUCGAUUGUACCACUUGUUUGAAGCACAUAUAUUAUCAAUAAACAAAGUUCAUAGUUUACUUUAAUAUGUAUCUAAAUAUAACUUAAAAAUCAAUAUUUGUAUUUUUCUUUUAUCUUUGUAGACGUGAAAAAAUGAAAUCAGAUCGAUACUGUAAAUAAUGAUAAUUCAUCAUGUAAAUUUUAAUUGUCUUUUUUACGGAACAUGUAUUAUUCAUUCAUCGGUUGUUGAAAUCGUCAAGACAGGUUUUAUUCCUUACCAUCGGAAGAUAAUUUAUCUUAAUGUUUCUUUCUUUCUUUGUUAAUAAAUUUUUUCAAAAUUUUUAGUUUUUUUUAAAUAAAAUUCUGAUAGAUAUAAAUUGUCUUUUUUUAAGGUGGA